GCGCCGCCCCGUGCCUACUGGCUCGCCUGCUUGUAUGGACCAAGGAUUUGGCUGUUUUCUUCGCUGUACGUCUGACGUGGAAAGUGGCGAAAGACCCAUCACCCCCGUUCGUGCUGGAUGCUGAGUGGAGCUUUAAAUUCUUUUAAAUAACUCGUCUCCUCGUGCAUUCCGGGAAUUGUGUGCAGUCGGUCCUGGAACCUGGUUGCCGCAGAGAGUAUCGGUAGCUCGAAGCUGAUAAGAUCGAGUUGUGCCGUGCGGGUGAAAAAGGAAGUGGCCGACGGGAAAGCGACGACGUUUGACAUAGGUUUACAGUGUUGAGAAGCGGCCGCCAGUAGUAGCAGUAGCAGCAGCUGAGAGAGGAAAUCCGGCGCGAAAUGAAUCCACAAACGGCACACUAUGGCCAGUAUCCACAGCAACAGGGCGGCUGGCCCCAGCCGGGUGUUCCACCGGUGGGUCCACCCGGAAUGAACAUGAACGGCGGUGGUCAACCUCAGCCAACCCAGCAGCAGUUGGUUGGCCAGAUGCAAAGUAUGUCACUUGCUGGUGGGCCUCCCAAAGUUGGUCCACCGAAUGCAAAUGGUCCGAUGGGUGGCGGUGGUCCUCCGCUACCAGGCUAUCCGAACCAGGGACCACCUCCUCAGAACAUGGCUGGUCGUCCACCAUCCGGUGCUGGUCCGGUUCCCGCUGCUCCUGGUGCUCCCGGUGCUGGUGGAUAUCAUCCUCCAACGGCACAACCGCAACCACCACAGCAACUGCAGCAACAGCAGCAGCAGCAGCCUCAGCAACCACCACUUCCUCAAGCUGGAGGGAUGACGAACGGCCCUCCGAUGAGUGCGGGUGCUAGGCCACCAAUGCCCCCGGGCGCUAAUGGUUAUGGUCAAACGAAUGGCCAUCAAUAUGCCGGAGCUUCCGGUGCUGCUCCUCCUCCGGCUGGUGGUCCACCACGUCCCGGACAACCGUUUCCACCGCAACCACUACAGCAACAGCAACCACCACAACAACAACAACAACAGCAACAACCAGGAUACCCGGCCCCUGGUCCACAGUUCAAUGCAGGCUAUCCGCAACCGGGUGUACCAGGGUUCGGAGCACCGGGUGCUCUUCCUCCGGCCGGCUCCGGACAAACUGCAGUCCAACAACCGAGACAACCACAGUAUCCACCGAUGCCAGGGCAACAGAUGGCUCCACCUGCACCGGGAGGUUACCCUGGGCAACCGAACCAAGCAGGCCAAGCUCCACCGAUGCCCUCGAAUAUGCCCCCGAGGCCCUUUAAUCAAAUGGCUCCACCUGGACCGGGCUACAAUGCGAUGCCACCGAUGCCGCAACAACACCAACAUCAACAACAUCAGCAACCCCAUGGCUAUCCACCGGCACCGGGUGGUGGUCACUAUCCUGGUGUCGGUGCUCCUUCACCACCGCAGGCCAAACGGUUGGACCCAGAGAGUAUGCCCAAUCCGAUACAGCUGAUGGCGGAAAAUCAGGAAAGCUGUGGUGGCAUCUUUGCGACGAAUACGCCCGGCCAUGUGCCUCCCCUUGUGGCCACACGUUUCGUGACGCAGGAUCAGGGUAACGCGGGGCCACGCUUUGUGCGCUCGUCGAUGUACAGCAUCCCGCAGACGGCCGAUCUGAUGAAGCAAAGUGCGGUCCCGUUCUCGCUCAUCAUCUCACCGUUUGCCCGGCUGGCCGAUCAGGAGAUGGCUCCACCGAUCGUGGACUUUGGUGAGAUGGGACCGAUCCGGUGUAUCCGCUGCAAGGCGUAUAUCUGCCCGCACAUGCAGUUCGUUGACGGUGGCCGCCGGUUCCAGUGUCAGUUUUGUAAGGCCACAACCGAAGUGCCAGCCGGGUACUUCCAGCACCUGGACCACACCGGCCAGCGGAUGGAUAAGUACGAGCGACCGGAGCUGGUGCUCGGUGCUUACGAGUUUGUCGCGACGAAGGAGUACUGCCGCAACAAUGUGCCACCGCGCGCUCCGGCCAUGGUGUUUCUGAUCGACGUUUCGUACAACAACGUCAAGUCGGGCCUGGUGCAGUUGCUCUGCUCGCAGAUGAAGCAAAUCCUGGCCGGGCUGCCCGUAGACCAGGGUCAGUCGCGCUCCUCGAUGAAGGUCGGCUUCAUCACGUACAACAGCUCGGUGCACUUCUACAACCUGAAAAGCUCGCUGGCGCAACCGCAGAUGAUGGUGGUUGGCGAUCUACAGGAGAUGUUCAUGCCGCUGCUCGAUGGGUUCCUCGUGGAUCCGGAAGAGUCCGCAUCCGUGAUCGAUGCGCUGAUGGAGCAGAUUCCUCGCAUGUUCGCCGAUACGCGCGAGACGGAAACGAUCCUGCUGCCGGCCCUGCAGGCCGGCCUAGAAGCCCUCAAGGCGUCCGAGUGCGUUGGCAAGCUGUACGUGUUCCAGUCAACGCUUCCGAACGCGGAUGCUCCCGGUAAGCUGAAGGCCCGGGAAGAGCGCAAACUGCUUGGCACGGACAAGGAGAAGACAGUGCUGACACCACAAUCGAC